CUGGUGCAGACGCUGAAGCCUGAAGUGGCGGUUGUCUUGGACCGGGCCCUCGCCGCAGAGGACAUCACAGCCGAAGAGGCCACGCUUUUAUUCGGGACGACAGGGCCCGAAUACAACGCAACGAUCCUAGUGGCCGACGAACUGCGUCGCCGUACGGUUGGCGACAUAGCCACCUACGUUGUUAACAGAAACAUCAACUUUACCAACGUCUGUAUAAAGCGCUGCGGGUUCUGCGCUUUCAGCCGCGAUUUCCGAGAGGAGGAGGGGUACUACCUCCCGAUAGAGGAGAUCGUUCGUCGAGCGCAGGAGGCCUGGGACUACGGUGCGACCGAGGUCUGCAUACAGGCCGGUCUCCCGCCGCAGAUGGAAGGCGAUCUGUAUAUCCGCCUGUGCGCCGCGAUAAAGGAAGCGCUGCCCGACAUGCACAUCCACGGCUUCUCCCCGGAGGAGGUGCUGUACGGAUCCAUACGUUCUCGCUGCAGCAUCCGUGAGUACCUUGAGGGUCUGAAGGCAGCCGGUGUCGGGAGCCUGCCCGGUACCUCCGCUGAGGUACUUGACCAGGAAAUGCGUGACCGCAUAUCUCCCGGCCGAAUUACCGUCGACCAGUGGGUCGAGGUCAUUACCACAGCCCACGACCUGGGAAUACCGACCACCUCCACGGUCAUGUUCGGGCACCGUGAGACUGCUGAUCAGUUGGCCAAUCACAUGGCGUUACUGCGUGGACUCCAGCAGGAUACGGGCGGAAUCACCGAAUUUGUACCUCUCAGUUUCGUGCACACCGAAGCGCCAAUGUUCCUGAAGAACCUGCUGCCGAACGUCCGGCCCGGGCCGACUGGGAUGGACGUAGUCAAGAUGCACGCCAUCGCCCGCAUCAUGCUGAACAACUGGAUCCCCAACAUUCAGGCUUCGUGGGUCAAGGAAGGCUCGCGGAUGUCGCAGCUUCUGCUCACUGCCGGCGUGAACGACCUGGGCGGUACACUGAUCAACGAGAGCUCUCCACUGCUGCCGGGGCGCAGCACGGUCAGCUCAUGCGACCGUCGGAAUUCCGGGGGAUGA